CAUGCUACCAUAGAAAAAAUCUCACAAAGAAAGAGAAAUGGCACCCACAACCAACGGUAACGAGUUACCUUUAAACGAGGACGAUUCGCAAGAUAUGGUGAUCUAUCAAGUUCUAAACGAAGCCAACACGAUGGUUGGCCCCAAUCUGAGAAAUAACCCUAGCGUUUCCAAAAGUUCCCUUGAUCCAACACGCGUGAUAACAAAGAGUAAGCACUAUAGAGGGGUGAGGCGUCGUCCAUGGGGUAAGUUUGCAGCCGAGAUUCGUGACUCCAAUCGACAAGGUGUGAGAGUAUGGUUGGGGACGUUUGAAACGGCUGAGGAUGCUGCGUUGGCUUAUGAUCGCGCGGCGUUUGAGAUGAGAGGCGCUAAGGCACUUUUGAACUUCCCGGCUAAGCUUGUGACAUCCAUAACAAAAGUUAACCAAGAAUCUAACUUGAAUCGAAAGGAUUGGCAAGGGUCGUAUUCAAGUACAUCGAUGAUGACUAAUUCAAUAGAUGAUCCGGGGUCAUCUUCUGAAGGAAAAGGAAAUAUGCUUCAGCUGUUUUGAAUUUAGAUAAGAAGAGAAGUAUUAAAUUGUUAGGAUUCAUUUAAACUACUUUUUAACCCUUGGAUUAUUUCGAAUGAAUGAUUGAGAUCUUCUCUAUAAUGUCUCUCUCAGUCUAAGAAUCACUAUGUAUUCUUUUUUCGUCCGAUUCAUGAGGAAAGGUAAAAAAAAAAGUAGUUUAUUUGGUUAAUAAUUAUUUGAUGGUUUGAGUUUUAGCUCACUAUAUGGAUGCGUAGAGUUAAAUGUUGUAUACUUGUAUAUCUUUUUGUGAUCUCCUCC